UGGUGCUACUUGUUGUUCAACAUCCCUGCAGCAAAAUGCAUCAUGGCAAAUAAUGAGACAAAUAGAGCAGCAUUGGAGGCCUUCAACGCUGCAAUUGUUCAAGACCCAUUUGGUGCCCUCUCUUCCUGGAAUCAUUCACUCCAUUACUGUCUCUGGAACAACAUUUUGUGUAGUCGCCGACAUCCUGAUAGGGUCAUUGGGAUAACUCUAAUGUCCCAUGGCCUGAUUGGAUCACUCGCACCUCAUGUAGGAAACCUUUCAUUUCUCAAAAGAAUCAUUCUUCCAAACAAUAGCUUCCACGGGUCAAUCCCACAGGAGAUGGGUCACUUGUCUCGACUUCAACUAAUAGAAUUCAACAACAAUUUGUUUGGAGGUGGAAUACCAAACAACCUUUCUUGUUGUUCAAAACUUGAAUGGCUGGACUUUAUCAACAACAAUCUAACCGGAAACAUCCCAGCUGAGUUGGGCUCUUUGCCAAGGCUUCAAACUUUGGGCUUGAGUAAAAACAAGCUUUCAGGUACCAUCCUUCCUUUCAUUGGAAACCUCUCAUCUCUUUUCCAAAUCUAUUUAUUGGAAUGUAAUUUGCAUGGGGAGAUUCCUGCGGAAAUUGCUAGGCUUCGAGGCCUGGCAUAUGUCGACUUAUCUGCGAAUAACCUAUCUGGCAAGGUUCCUUCUGGCCUUUACAAUGUCUCCACCAUCAUUUUGUUAUCAGUAGCUGUUAACCAACUUGAAGGAAACAUUCCUCCUGAUAUAGGCUCCACACUACCUAAUCUCAAGUUACUUUUUCUUUUCGGCAAUUUAUUUACUGGAACAAUUCCUACUUCACUGUCAAAUGCUUCAGAGCUUGAAUCGAUACAAUUAGGUGAAAAUGAUUUCAGCGGGACAAUGCUGAGAGAUCUUGGAAAACUUCUGAGUCUUCGGCAGAUAAGUGUUCCUCAAAAUCGAUUGCAGGAUGACCUCACUUUUAUUUCGUUUCUAACAAAUUGCACCAGUUUACAACAUAUUGAUGCGGGUAACAAUUCUUUUAGAGGUUCAUUGCCGGACUCCAUAGCAAAUCUCUCCACAUAUCUUAGUACUAUAAAUUUGCAUAUUAAUCAAAUACAGGGAAACAUUCCUUCAGGCAUCGGAAACCUCCUCAACCUCACUAUCUUAGCUAUGGCAACAAAUAAUCUUGCUGGCCCUAUUCCAUCCUCCAUUGGCAGACUUCAAAAGCUGCAUGGUCUGUACUUAGGCCAGAAAAAAUUCACAGAACUUCCAUCUUCGCUUGGUAAUUUGACUUCCUUGAUUACUCUCUACUUGUAUGAAAACAACAUGCACAAAAGCAUACCUUCGAGUUUGGGCAAUUGUCAUAGCUUGUUGGAAUUAGCCCUUUAUAAAAAUAAUCUCAAUGGUUCAAUAACCCCUGAAAUUAUGAGUCUCUCCUCCAUUUCAACAAUCCUCUGGUUAGAUCACAAUACACUAACCGGUUCUCUUCCAUCAGAAGUUGGGUCUUUGAAAAACCUUGGAUACAUGGAUGUAUCCUAUAAUAAAUUAUCAGGACCCAUUCCGAACACUCUAAGCAACUGUUUGAGUCUAGAAUGGCUUCACUUGGAGGCCAAUUCAUUUGAAGGAGAGAUACCUCAAAGUUUGAGAAUUUUGAGGGGCUUAAGAGAGUUGGAUCUUUUGCACAACAAUUUGUCAGGGAAGAUCCCAAAUUAUCUAGGCGAGCUUCAACUAGAUAUGUUGAAUUUAUCUUUUAAUAGGCUACAUGGAGAAGUUCCAAUACAAGGAGUGUUUCAAAAUGGGAGUGCAAUUUCAAUUGUUGGAAAUAAUGAGCUAUGUGGAGGUAUUGCAAAAUUAGACCUUCCUCCUUGUCCAUCCUCCAAAUUAAGCAACAACAAGCUAUCUCACAGGAUGAAAGUGAUCCUACUAGUGAUUGGUCUUGUGAUAUUUUUAUCUUUGUUUGUUAGCUUCUUUAUAUUUCUUCAACGGCGUCAUGUUUCAAAAAAGAAGACCUCUAGCACGCCAUCAAUCAAACAUCAAUUUUUGAGGGCUUCUUAUGCAGAGUUUCUCAAGGCCACCAAUGGAUUCUCAGAGGCUAAUCUAAUUGGUGUUGGGAGCUAUGCUUCAGUUUACAAAAGGAUUCUUGAUCAUGUUCAAAUGGUUGUGGCAGUGAAAGUGCUCAAUCUUCAGACCAGAGGAGCUUUCAAGAGCUUCAUGUCAGAAUGUAAGGCACUAAGAGCGAUAAAGCACCGAAAUCUAUUGAAAAUUUUGAGUGUUUGUUCCAAUGUGGAUUUCCAUGGUAAUGAAUUCAAAGCUUUGGUAUAUGAAUUUAUGGCCAAUGGAAACUUGGGCAAUUGGUUGCAUCAAGUCGGAGUUGGAGACCAUGAACAGCUAGAAAAACCUAGGAAUCUUAAACUAAUCCAGAAGCUGGACAUUUCCACUGAUACUGCCUCUGCACUUGAGUAUCUUCAUUGUGGUUGUGAGUCAACAAUUAUUCAUGGUGAUCUAAAGCCAAGUAAUGUUCUUUUGGAUGAUGAGAUGAUGGCCCAUAUUGGAGAUUUUGGGUCGGCAAAAGUUAUUUCUACUGUUUCAAGUGAUGUGGCACAAGGUCAAAGCAAUUCAGUUGCAAUAAGGGGAACCAUAGGCUAUGUUGCUCCAGAGUAUGGCAUGGGGGACAUGGCUUCCACACCAGGGGAUGUAUACAGCUUUGGAGUUCUUUUACUAGAGAUGUUUAUAGGUAAGAAACCAACUGACAACUAACAAUUGAUACUUACCCAAAAAAAAAGAAACCAACUGACGAUAUGUUAAAGGAUCAUCUAAAUCUUCAUAACUUCGUUAAGAAUGCAUUGCCUAAUCGAGUGAUGGAGAUUGUGGAUCCUUGCAUCCUAUUGGGGCAUGACACAAGAAGGUGGAUUAAAGACUGCAUGGUUUCGAUUCUACGAAUUGGGGUUGCAUGUUCAAUGGAAUCGCCAAGAGAUCGAAUGGAAAUGAGGAGCGUUAUUAGUGAAUUGCAUAAGGUGAAAAAUACUUACAUGAAUGAAGGGUUGAACCAAGACCAGGAAGUUGGAAGAGGUUUUACAACAUGAAAACUGAGGUGUGUAUCAUACCCUCUUGACCUAUGCAUAUGCAUACUGAUAUAGAAAAUGUUAUACUCAAAACAAUUUUUUUUUAUUCGAAUUUCUUAGCACUAUACUCAUAGACGUGAAUUCUGUCUAUAUUUAUUAAUAUGGCCCUUACUAAAUUUGUGACUAGUGGUAAGAAAAUCUGAUGAGAAAUUCUUGUAUGUAUAACAUUACUCUACCAAAAUACAUCUUUCUCUCUAUUGAAGCAUCUCAAUUUCAUUUUCUCAUUUUCUUUUUCUUUUUUUAUUCUAAUAAAGCAUGUUUAUUUUAUUGUUGAUCAAGGUUACUUCCAGGGUCCUCCAUAAAUGGUUACCUCAACAAUAUGCUACAUCAACAACCAGUAGAAUACAAGUGGUAGCUUUAUGUUAUUGUUGCCUCAGCAAUCUUUAAUCUAUUGCUUGAUAAGUAACUGUCACUUUCCUCCUUUGGUUAGAUUGUAUUAUAUCAAACAUAUGCUUAUGUGGGAUGUUAUGUUUCUAGCUAAGAUUGUGUGCUUGGGAUUACCAAUAUUUAUUCCUGUUAAAUUAAAACUAUCAUUUCGUUGUA